GCGUUUUGCUCCGGGAGACGGAAGUGAGAGGGCGUAGGUCCCGCCCCUCAUGGAGCUGUUGCUAAGCAACCGGUUUCUCUAGCAACUGCGGGGGUAACAGUAUGUCGGCCUCCGCCUGCUUCCGCGGCUGGGCGCCGCCCGAGCGCGGGCCCCCCCGCCGGAGCAUGGCGGCGCCGCGCGCCCCGGAGAGCGUCUACAACCUGCUGCCCCGCCUGGAGGAGAGGCCCGCUAAGCCGCCCAGAUACAUUUUACUCCCAACUGACUGGGUAUGGCUCGUGGAACCAAGGCUGACAUCUUCAGUUUCUUCAACUGUUAUGUCCCAAGAAGGUAUAUAUCAACUUUUAGACCAUCUGUCAAACGUGAAAUAGAGAAAAGUAAAGCUCAAUGGAAAACAAUGGGACCAGCAAAAGUAGAAGUGCCCUCUCCAAAAAACUUUCUGCAGAAACAUUCAAAGGAACCCAAGCUACCAGAGAGAAAAAAAGAACAGGAUAGGAGGAAAAUGCCUGCAUUAUCAGUGCCACGGAAGACAGAUCACCCACUUAUGGGAAUUCAGAGUAAAAAGAAUUUUAUAAAUGCAAAUGCUGUUUCUGUUAUCAUGGGGUUGGCGAAAAAGCCUCAACCUAUUUAUGUUGAUAGAAGACAGGGAGACAAACACCUGCUUGAAACUUCAGGACUUGUUCCAAAAUAUAUUAAAAAAAAGGAUUAUGGUAUUAUACCAAAAUAUGUAACACAGAGAAACGAAGAAAUUAAGAGAGCUCAGGAGGAACAUGAGGCCUGUGUCUUGGAGUCUCUCAGAAAAAGAGCCAUGAAACGGUUGUCUGAUGAAGAAAGGAACAGUCUUCUCCAGGGUCUGAAAAAGAACUGGGAGGAGGUGCAUCAUGAGUUUCAGGGUCUUUCUGUAGAUAUAGACACCAUACCCAAGAAAAUUCAUAAAGAAAAACUGGAAUCAAAGAUGAAACAACUGGAGCAUGACAUAGAUGUCAUCGAGAAGCACAAAGUUAUCUACAUUGCAAAUGAGUAAGAACUAUUAAGUAAGUCCUUGCUAUGAGUAGGGACUAAUUUUCAAAUAUUGCCUCUUUCUUCCUUUCUUCUUUCUCUACCACUGCCUUUCAAAAAAAAAAAAAAAAAGAAAAAGAAAGAAAAGCCAAAAAACUAAAUGCUUAGAAGCUUAGAAGAGAAUGAAACAAGUCCAGUUAUUCAGAAGAAGAAAAUAUUUGGCUAAUACAAGUACGUAGUUUCGUACAAAAGUUGUUACACAUAGCUAUUUCUCAUCUAUAUAAUUCACAAAGCUUUUUCAAAUAAAAUUCUUAACUUUCAGCAUAGAAACAAGAAUUUCAUGUUAUUCUUUGUAAUUUUUACUAACUACUAAGAUUUCUAUAAACAUCAUAACUUAAGCAUAAAAAACCCCCCAAUUUCUUAUGUUUGGAUCACUUUUUCCAUUUAACAGCCAAAACUAAGUGAACUGUUUGGUUACUGAAGAAAACUUGGGAAAAAAAUAGCUUCAGGGUGGGUUGCUACUGGUCUAGUUAUUAAAGAGCUGAAGAGCUAAAGAGUUUAAACAAUUCUGUUUCUAAACAGUUUGGUUUCUGCAUAACAUUUUCUGUAUUCAUUGUUUGUUACCAAAAUCAAUUUUUACUGUGGAAGCCCAUAAUAAUAUAAACUUUGUGCAGUGUAGUUACCACAGGUAGCAUGCUGUGCAUGUUUAUGUAUGAAUAAUGCCAUAAUGCUGUACUACCUUUACAACUAAAGUAGGAAAAUAUGUAUUGACUGCUAUUGUACAUAUGAUGUUAGAUCGAAAGCAAUAUACUAGUAUGUGAGUCAUGAUCUGGAAGGACAUUAUAUUGGCAUACCGUACUGCAAUUAUUUGAAUAAAAACAAAUAUUUUUCCUUCUGCUCAA